AGGGCGCGCUCUCCCGCCACGCGCGCGCCCCUGCGAGCCAGCGGCCAGAAGCGCCCGGUCUGCGCGCCAUUGGCCGGGGGGCCCCGCCCCGCCGACGGCUGGGGGAGCAGCAGCCGCGAUCGCCCGGCGACCGCUCGGCGGCGAUGCAGAGCGCAUCGUCGUCCUCCUCCGUCCUCGACGUGUCGGGCGGGAACAUCGGCGACGACGGCGCUGCUCGCGUGGCGGAGGUGCUGCAGCAGGGCCGGAAGCUGGAGGAGGUCCGCUUGGACCUGAACGGCAUCUCCGACGCCGCGAUCCCGCAGCUCGCCAGGUCACUCAGGGGCUGCCCCUCCCUGAAGAAGCUGUCCCUCCGCGGCAACGCAAUCUGCGACGACGGGGCGGCGGUGCUGGCGGCGGCGCUGGCAGGGGGUAGGUGCACUGCUAGGGAACUGGACCUGAGCCAGAAUGCCAUAGGGGACAAGGGCGCCGCCGCCUUGGGGGAGGCCCUGGAGGGCAACGCCGCCCUGAAAAGGCUCCACCUUGCGGACAACGCCAUCUCCGACGCCGGGGCCGUCCGGCUUGUGAAGGCUCUGGGGGUCAACAGGACGCUGGCCGACCUGGACCUGGAGGCGAACAGGAUCACGCCGCCCGUGGUGGAACACCUCUCGGAGGCGGCCCGCGGGCUCGGGAAGAGCGUGAGGCGCGGGGACGCGAGCACAAAAGGCGCCACCGUCCGGGACCGCCGCUUACUGGGGCUCGUCCGCGGCUCGGCCGCGAUCAGUCUUGACGUGGUCCGAUGUACCAGCCAGCACAUCGACCCGUUCCAUUACCAGGCAUUCUCCCCGGCGUCUGGGAACUUUGGCAAAGAUAAGAUGAGAGGGGAGGACGACGAGCAGAAGGGGGCGAAGAAAGCGUUGAAGCAGGACCACGACGUCGACAUGACCACCCAGGGGGGCGCGAAGCUGAGGUUGGUCAAGAGCACCCUGCUAGACACGUUCACCAUGCCGAUGGAGCACCCCGUGUUGCAGGAGCUGCAGAAGGUGACCGACAAAGGCAAAACUGCCGUGGCCACGGCAAGGUGCGAGGACGCGGAGGCGCUCUGGCUCUUGGGAAGGCCCGCGGCGAACCUCGCAGUCACGCACCUCGAGGCUCUGACGACAUGCGACAUCAGGGGCGCCCUGAAGCAGGACAUACAGGGCUACUUCGCGAAUGUGCAGCCCCCGCUCGGCGACGCCACGGUGACCAAGACAGACCUCGAGCUGGACAUCCAAGCCGUGAAGGUGGAGCCGUGCUUCCACGCUACUACGAGGAAGUUCACGAUGGCCGCCCCCCGUUGA